AUGCACUACUACGGGGAGCAGUAUAAGCACCUGUACCUGCCGGGCUCCGGCUGCAUCACUGAGAGCAUCCAGCACUGCACCACCCAGCCCGACACCUGCAGCACCACCUGCCAUCCCCUGAGCAUCAUCAAGGGCCCGGUGCCAAGAUGGCAGAGCUACACACAACCUCUCACCUACGUGUGCCCACAGCCCAGCGUGAGCCAGACAUCCCUGCUGGCCUGUCAGCCCUGUGUGAGCCAGUCCUCGCUGCUGGCCUGCCAGCCCUACGUGCAGCGCUGCGUCCUGCUCUACCCCGAGCCUUGUGAGACCACCUGCCUCCUGCCCUGCAGGAAGCCCAGCAUGAAGCUGAGCACCAUGUCCAGCUUCCAGCCCUGUGAGGCCAACUGCCCUGAGAAAAAGCGCCUGGCCAAGAGCCUCCCGCCGUGCGCGCCGCGGUGCCCGGAGCCCACCAAGCUCAAGUACCCACCUUGUGGGAUCAGGUACUCAUCCUCGUGCAAAGAGGAGUGCAGGGCGCAGAGGAUGGCCAAGUGCUCCUCACAGCGCUACGGCUCGGAGCUGUGGUCUGUGCAGGGGACGACCGGGGGUUAUUCCUUGCCCCUGCAGGGGGUCACCGAGUGUCCCCCGCAGCAGUGCGUCACGCAGUCCUUCCUGCAGGAGUACGUCAGUGGGUUCCCCCAGCAGAAGUGCAUGAGGGGCUACCCCACGCAGGAGUGUGUCACCUCCUACUCCUCCCAGCAGUGUACCAAGUGUCUCCCAGAGAAGGGGAUCAAGGAGUGUUCGACCAAGCAACACACAGCCAAGUACUCGCUGACCCAGGAGGGAACCAAGCACAAGAGCUCCACCACGCAGCACCUAACCAAGUCCAAGUGCCUCUACUCACGGGCCACCCACCACUCGUCACAUCACCACACAGGGGGGGCGAAGCGUUCCAGCCACUCCAAGAAGAGUCGCUGUGUUGCAAAAUGGCUGUGGUAA